UGAAGAGCUGACGUCAUGGCCCAGUGCUAGGAGGGAAGAGGACUGGGCACAGGUCAUUAGCAAGUGAGACUGAGUUAGCAAGAUCAACGGACAACAAAACAACAUCAAAAUGAAGUUUGCUGUGGUUCUGCUCAGUCUCUUUGGGUUGUCUUUGAGUCUCUCCCUUGGUACACAAGUGGGUCUGACCGACAAAGUCCUGGUCUUCCCUUAUGAGACAGACUUCAGCUUCGUGGCCCUGGUCCCACAGAAGGAGAUGAGUCUGAGAGCCUUCACGCUCUGCAUGCGUGUGGCCACCGAGCUGCCGGAGGAACGUCAGAUCAUCCUGUUCGCCUACCGCACGGCUGACUAUGACGAACUCAACGUGUGGCGUGAGAAGGAUGGGCGCAUCUCCUUUUACAUGAGCGGUGACGGUGUCUUCUUCCACCUGCCACCCCUCACCACCUUCCGCACCAGCCUCUGCCUGUCUUGGGAGUCUCGCACAGGCCUCGCAGCUUUUUGGGUGGAUGGGAAGCGGAGCACCUACCAGGUCUACAAACCUGGACACACCAUUCGUCCGCAAGGCACCGUCCUCCUGGGGCAGGACCCAGACAAGCAUCUGGGUGGUUUGGAGGCCGUGCAGAGCUUUGUAGGGGAGGUGACUGAUCUGAAUAUGUGGGAUUUUGUGCUGUCUAGGAGCAUGAUCCAGGCCAUGCACUAUGGGCACAAGGUCCCUAAGGGAAACAUCUUUGACUGGGCCACCAUGGAGUAUGAGCUGAAUGGGAACGUGAUGGUGGUGGAUGAUGACUGACUCGGUGUGGAAUCAAUUGCAGGGAGGGAUGAGGCUUCAGAGGUGUGUUUUGGACUGAUACUAAUGUGUGUGAUUGUCUUUAUUAGAUUCAGUGUUGUUUUAUGUUAGGACCCUUCAACUGUUCUUCCUUAAAGACCAACAGUAGAAAGCAGGAGUGUUUGGGACAUUCAGUAUUUAACUAUAGAGUAGCCCAUAACCAUUUUCACAUUGGCAACAAAAGCUAGUACUUUAUUGUGCAUAGAAAUCAGUUUUCAGUUGUUUUACAUCUUAAAGCAUUGCUCUAACUCAGUUUAUGUUCACAGUUAUUCCUCUAAUUCUUGCAUUUUUUAAAAAGCCAUACUAGUCGUCUUUGUAUUUCAAGGCUUCAUCCUCUGACUGCUGUGAGAGCAGGCUGGUGUGGAUCGAGCACAAAAUGUUGACGUGCCAGAUGUAUCCAUAGGGUGGCAGUCUGUACUAGUUCACAUCAAACAGAAACAUACAUGCAUCCACUGAUGUGAUGUGGCGUACUUACACCUAUUAACUGAAGCCACAAAUUACUGAUUAAAAUGUUAAGAAAAAUGUUGGAAAACUACAAUUCAAAUGAAUUUAAUCUAUUUCUUAUUUGCAUCCUCUUGCAUCACCUCUGAUACUAUAGUGCCUCUAACAGCAAAUCACAAUAGACUUGCAGUGACCCUUUUAAUUAUUAUUAUUUUGUUAAAAUAAGGCAAAUUGUAACAAAAACAAGGCUAUGUCAAGAACCUUGUAUCAUGCAUUUUUGAUUUUUCAGCAUGUGUUUUUUAAGGCGGUUUGCCCAGUGAUAUUGAUUAUAAAAAUAUGAAUGAGAUAUUAAAACAGCAAACAGGGGGGUUGCAUUAUUUCUACAGUUGACUUAAUGAUUUAACCGCACUGAGAGACAAAUAGCAAUUAUCAUGUUUAAAAUCCAUUGCCAUAAUGUUGCCUUUGGUUACCGUACCCACUCAUGAAUUUUCCAUGUUUCGACUGAUGUAAGAACGCUUUUGGGUCUGAAAUAAAAUCUUGCCAUGUGCAUAACUAAUAAUGUUUGUAAUUAAAGAGAAUAUUUCGUCUUUGAA